AAACUCCUGUGUCAUAAGCCAAAGCAGUAAAAAAAUCAAACUUAUACUGAUAUAAGUUCGUCCAUUAGAAAUUAUGACCACUUUGAAGAUCAACGGUGUGACGUAAGCAUGCUGCAAAUUCUGGCUUUGGUGUUCGUGGUCGUCGGGCCGAUCGUAGAUGGGUUUGGUAAUUUCGGUCCGCCACCGAGCAAUCCAGCGAACACCUGCAAGGUUCCCAAAAUGUGGAAGGCGCAAAUUCGUGGACUGAGAAAACACGAGGAAUUCAAAGUUGGCCAUGGCUUUAGACUGAAACCGAGUAAGCUGCCACAGAAAUACAAGCUAUCACCUGACGUGUACAAGGUCAAAGGUCAAGUUAAGUGCACAGCAAAUGGAUGGAACGUAGAUCCGCACCACUUCCUGAUUGUGCCCGCACAUUCACACGGUAUGUGGUGCUAUGUUGCAAAGGUAUGGAAGUUCAAAAACAUAAAAAAACUUCAUGCUGGUCUGUCCCUCAAGGUUAGAUGUCCCGCCAGCAUGGAGUACAAUGAUGACAUAAAGAAGGCCAACGGCAAGCUCAAGUGCGAAAAAGGCAACUGGAAUGUGUGUGAUAAAUCGCCGCUCUGCGUCAAAGCGGGGACAGCAAACAAGGCGAACAACCAGAACUUCAACUUCUAUUAGACAGUUCCUUCUGAGGGAAGGCCAAAAUAAAAAUAGCUUGGAAUGCCCGGUGCGUGAAAGUUAUGAUAGAAAAUUUCAUUUCCUAAUUCAACUGGGCUUAAAAAGGGAUGGGGCGACAGUCAAUUGAUGACUUACUAAAGUUCGGUUUAUGAUAUGAUUUUUUUAUGCAAUAGAACCUCGCGAUGAUGAAUGUCACAGUUUGUGAUCUGACAUGGCCGCUAAUUUAUU